AUGAUUCCUAGAUGGUUCUUGAGAUCAAGAUUUUGGUUUGUCUGCGGCUUCAUGGAUGAAUAUCUGUCAAGAGACGGCAUGGCUAUCGCUAUGGCUAGUUUAGUUAUGUUCAUUCCUGGAUAUUUAUGGGGUGUUCACAUCAAUCGAGAAGCUGAAGUUCAUAAUUCGCAUCUUAACUAUCAAAUUGAGUUUGGAGCUCGCAGAAAUAGACUUGCACACUCACUGAUCUUUGAAGAGUUCGAAAUGCAGGUAGAACAGUGGCGCAAGUUCACAGAAGGUGAUGCUUAA